UCCAAUAUGUCGCUGUACAUGGUAUGAUGGUAAAUAACGUUGUAAUAAGAAUACAAACUGAAAAUGCGUUUUGAAUACAUUAAAAAGAGUAUAGAUUAGAUCGCUGUUGUUUGUCUUAUACAGAAGCGCUGCCAGACCAUUUAUGUAUGACGUAAUAACCGACAAUUUGUUGUCAUGUUGACUUUCCAAGUUGCAAUUGAAGCCAAAAUCCAAUAAUAUUAAUAAGUCAGAUCUACAACUUACAAGUACACGUACAAGUAGUACUACUAGUAGUACUAGUCGGCCUACACGAUUAUGCAUUCAUUAAAAUUUGAAAUGCUGCUGUGGAUCGGUUUGGUUGCAUUGAGAUUGGGAUGGACAUUUUUGCCACAGACUGGUUAUAUCCAUCCGGAUGAGUUCUUCCAAUCAACUGAAGUCGUAGCAGGAGACAUCUUUGACCUGGAAGUUAUGAAAACAUGGGAAUUUAACAGCAACCAAUCUAUACGUAGCAUUAUUUUUCCAUAUCUUACAUGUGGAGUACCGUACAAUAUAAUCAAGGCUGCGAGUGAAACGUUCGAUUGGAAAAUUGAAUCCUACUGGCUUUUAGUUGGACCAAGGUUUGCAAUGACUCUAUUGUCACUUCUGAUUGAUUGGAUUCUCUACAGGACAUGCAAGGCGUCUGGUGUAACCAAUGUCUGGUCGUGUCUCGCAACCUUUGCUUGUUCCUAUAUAGUGCUGGUUCACCUCACCAGAACGCUAUCAAACAGUAUGGAGACACUUCUCUUUGCUUUGCUGAUAUACGUCGUGACACAAAGCUUGCAGUCGCAACAUCGCACACUGCUAGGUGGCGCAGCAUGUAAUGGGAUACUGAGAGAGAGCGGCUGCAUUGGAGCUAUUGUGGUAGCAGGAACGUUCAACCGACCAACAUUCUUUGCGUUUGCAGUCGUGCCGUGCUUGUACUGGCUCACCUGCAGGGCGCAAAGCGGAUAUGUGGAACUACUCGCCGCAUUUGUCAACUGCUUGCCGUGGUUGCUGAUGACGACGUUUGCAUUUGCACUCGGUGACUCUCUGUAUUACGGAAGUGUAAGGAGCGCUUGGAUUCGGGAAGUUGCAGACCUGCGCACCUGGCCCACGCCACUGCUGACAGCUCUGAAAAACCUCACCUGGACCCCAGUGAAUUUUGUAAAGUAUAACCUGAAGGAUGGCAACUUAGCCUUACACGGAUUGCAUCCAAAGUAUUUGCAUUUUCUCGUCAACUUUCCUUUACUGUUCGGUUUGGUGGCAUUUGCUAGCAUUGUCCUGCCCCUCAAGGACAUUGCACAGUCUAGGAGCAUUCGCAGGAAAGAUGGUCAAGGUAAAAUGAUGAUGUUGCUAAGUAUAUGGAUACCUCUCCUAUUGCUGUCAGUGUUUCCACACCAGGAGCCACGAUUUCUUAUGCCACUGAUCAUUCCACUUGUGCUGCUGAUGCACGAACACAUACUAGGAACCAAAGUCCUGACCGUGCUGAAAUGGUCGUGGAUAAUGUGGAACAUACUAGGGUGUGUGAUAUUUGGCGCAUUUCAUCAAGGCGGAGUGACCAAGUCUUUGUUGUUCCUGAACAACGAGAUUGAAGCGAGUUCUGAGAAUGUAAGCCACGUCGUGUUUUACUACACCUACAUGCCACCUCGACAUCUACUGCAAAUUCACAAGGCAACUAGCGAAACUUCUACACAAGUGCUCGAUUUGUCUGGAGCCACUGUGGAGCAGUUACGUGUCACUAUAUCAGACAUAGCUUCAAAGCAAGAAAAAUCUGAUGGCAAGAGAAAAGAGAUAAUAUAUUUGGUGGCUCCGAGCGUGGUCGAUGCAUCCGUGGAACAAGUUAUCAAGGCAUAUGACUGGCAUGUCGUAAAAUUAUUCCCGCAUAUAAGCAUGGAGGCUUUACCUAAUUGGGAGGAACUAUCACAAAACUGUAGGAAGGCGUGGACUGAGACACCUAGCGAUAAAUCAGCUAUGUCGGCUGUGCUGAAUGUGCUCAGGAAAAUCGCAGAGGCUUUCUCAUUGAGUGUCUUUAUGCUAAAAUAACAAUAAUAGCAACUUAAACUCAGGUGCAGACUUUAGCAUUGCAGUUGAAUAGGUUGGUGACAGCAAGACAUUUUCCAAUUACCAUAUUUACGAUUUGGUUGUCUUUCCUCCAUAAUGGACCAAUGUAAUAUAUAAUAUAUAUAAUGGUUUAACGACAUCAUGCAUAAUAAAUAAAUGCACAAUACCUCAGUGAUGGUGGUGAGUUGACGGAGUCCUCCAAACCAAUCACGGUAGCAAACAAUAAUGUGGAAGGUAGGUCGCUGUCUACGUGACCAAUUUGAGUUCAGUUCAGUGGUUUACUCAAUAUCAUUUGAUGUUUAGACCAGAGAGUGAUGUAAAGUGUCUAGCAAUGUAAGUGGUCCAUGUGAAACUCAUGAUUUGUAGCUGUGAACAUUGUUUCUUGGUUUAUUUUUGUAAGUGGUUUAUAUUAGUUCUAGUGGUAAGCAAAAAGUAGAGCUUGCCUACGCGUGUUGCCCACCUCUACUAUUACAAUUAUUCCUGUAGUAAUUCAAUGUGAACCACUGUGCAUAUCGGACUUCGUGUAUUAAAAUUUGUGGUUCACACAUGUACUAAAAAAUAAAAUGUACUGAAUACAGAAACUUUGUAAAACUCUUUGUAAGUUGCCUUUUAUACAGUCUGGACGUUCGCGCCUUAUAGUGAGUGAAACGAUACCCGUCCGCGAAGCAGACUACUUACACGGAGACGGCGAUCACAGCUCAUUACGAAUUCUCCUAUUUAUGCCGAUCGCUCGAAAAGUGGUUAAGUUUUGGUAAUCGAACAGUUCGAAGCAAACUUUUGUGUUUAUCCGAUAUGGUAUGUAAAUAGAAGAUCACAAGCUGUACUUCGUUAAAUUUCGUGCACUUAUUGUGAAAAUGAAAAUACAAAUAGAACUAUUUCAUCUAUCUUGGGUGAGCGGAAGAAUCCAUGUCAAAUGUGAAAAUAGGCCUAGAAUGUUUCCAAGCCCUUGUCACAAGCUCCAUAGACAUGCAGCGAACUGACAGCGUACCAGUCUACUGUCUACCCUCUAUACCGUCUACAGUCUACCGUGCUACAGGUCGUGCUGCGCAAUGCGUAGUGGGAAGACAAUAUGUCAGCACGCAUGUCACCGAAUUUACCGCUGCAUCGUUAACGAGUGCAAAUGCUUAGUGGACUCUACUAGUACUGUUCAUCAAGGCGCAGCGGACUUGGAAAUAAGGGACAGCUGCGUGAAAUAGACUAUAUAUACUGCGACGGUUCGUACAUGCCACCGUGAGGAGGAACACUUUCUGUCACCUAGUCUUUUCUUUGGAUCCGUUCGCUGGCUUGCAUUAUGGCGCACGGAUCCACGGCACCAUCUUAUCUUUUCUUUUCCCUCUGCCGCGCGCAGUUCUCUUCUAUGUGCGGCCAGUGCUCCAUAUUUGGCCAUCUUCCCUAUCAUUUCAGUUACACUUGCAUCACUUCCACUGGAUUGUAAGAUAUUUCAAUUAUAGCAGGCUAUCUAUAUUUUCACACUACAAAGCUACAUUAGCACCACAGGAAACAACCUAACUAAGCAUU